UCUGCUCGCCCGGGAUCAUGGAGGCGCCGGCCGGCCGCCCGCUGCUGCUGCUGCUGCCGCUGCUGCUCCCGCUGCUCGGGGCGCGCGCCGCCGCCGACGGGCCGCCGCUCGUCAACGAGGACGUGAAGCGCACGGUGGACCUGAGCAGCCACCUGGCCAAGGUGACGGCCGAGGUGGUGCUGGCGCACCCGGGCGGCGACGCGUCCCGCGCCCCGGCCGCCGCCUUCCUGCUGGCGCUGGAGCCCGAGCUCGAGAGCCGCCUGGCGCACCUGGGCGUGCAGGUGAAAGGAGAAGAUGAAGAAGAGAACAAUUUGGAAGUACGAGAAACCAAAAUUAAGGGGAAAAGCGGCCGAUUCUUCACCGUCAAGCUCCCUUCUGCCCUGGAGCCCGGGAACAAGAUCUCGGUGGUGGUGGAGACAGUCUACACACACGUGCUUCAGCCGUACCCGACCCAGAUCACCCAGUCCGAGAAGCAGUUUGUGGUGUUCGAGGGUAACCAUUACUUCUACUCUCCCUACCCGACAAAGACACAGACCACCCGUGUCAAGCUGGCCUCCCGGAAUGUGGAGAGCUACACCAAGCUGGGCAACCCCACGCGCACCGAGGACCUCCUGGAUUAUGGGCCUUUCCGGGACGUGGCCGCCUACAGCCAGGACCCUCUGAAGGUGCACUACGAGAACAACAGCCCCUUCCUGACCAUCACCAGCAUGACCCGCGCCAUCGAGGUCUCUCACUGGGGCAACAUCGCUGUGGAGGAGAACGUGGACCUGAAGCACACAGGGGCCGUUCUGAAGGGCCCUUUCUCCCGCUAUGACUACCAGCGGCAGCCCGACAGCGGGGUCUCCUCCAUCCGCUCCUUCAAGACCAUCCUCCCUGCCGCCGCCCAGGACGUGUAUUACCGGGACGAGAUUGGAAAUGUUUCCACCAGCCACCUCCUUAUUUUGGAUGACUCCGUGGAGAUGGAAAUCCGGCCUCGAUUCCCUCUUUUUGGUGGCUGGAAGACCCAUUACAUCGUGGGCUACAACCUCCCGAGCUACGAGUACCUCUAUAAUUUGGGUGACCAGUACGCGCUGAAGAUGAGGUUUGUGGACCACGUGUUUGACGAGCAGGUCAUCGAUUCUCUGACUCUGAAGAUCAUCCUGCCCGAGGGAGCCAAGAACAUCCAGGUCCACAGCCCCUACGAGAUCAGCCGCGCGCCCGACGAGCUGCACUAUACCUACCUGGACACCUUCGGCCGCCCCGUGAUCGCCGCCUACAAGAAGAACCUGGUGGAGCAGCACAUCCAGGACAUCGUGAUCCACUACACGUUCAACAAGGUGCUGAUGCUGCAGGAGCCCCUGCUGGUGGUGGCCGCCUUCUACAUCCUCUUCUUCACCGUCAUCAUCUACGUCAGGCUGGACUUCUCCAUCACCAAGGACCCCGCCGCGGAAGCCAGGAUGAAGGUGGCCUGCAUCACGGAGCAGGUCCUGACCCUGGUCAACAAGAGGAUCGGUCUCUACCGGCACUUCGACGAGACCAUCAACAGGUACAAACAGUCCCGGGACGUGUCCACCCUCAACAGCGGCAGGAAGAGCCUGGAGACGGAGCACAAGGCCCUGACGGGCGAGAUCGCCCAGCUGCAGUCCCGGCUCAAGACCGAGGGCUCUGACCUGUGUGACAAGGUGAGCGAGAUGCAGAAGCUGGACGCGCAGGUGAAGGAGCUGGUGCUGAAGGCGGCGGUGGAGGCCGAGCGACUGGUGGCCGGCAAGCUCAAGAAGGACACCUACGUGGAGAACGAGAAGCUUCUCUCUGGGAAGCGGCAGGAGCUGGUCACCAAGAUUGACCACAUCCUGGAUGCUCUGUAGCCCCCGCCGGGGGUGGCCCUGGAUGGGGGUGGGGGGGGGCGGCGGCCGUCAGGGCGGCUGGUGUUGGCUCCUGAGCUUGCCAGGAUCUUCCCAGAAGCCGAGCCAGGCCCUGCCCCAGGCCACACAAGCUUUGUUUUUGUUCCAAAGCUUUCCUUUUUAUAAACUUAAAAAAAUCCAAAUCUCAUUAAAAACGAAAUAUUUUUUAUGUUUAAACAAAGAAAUUUUCGAUAAUUGGUUGGUUUGGUUCCGAAGCCCGGGGUAUUUCACUCAUAGCCCUUGUUUGAUGCCCUUCUCAAUUCUGAUCUUUGGGUCUCUUUUGUAAGAGUGUGUGUGUGUUUUUUUUAAAGCGCGUGUAAUCAACUGAAAAUAAAGCAGGGACUGUGAUACGUUUUA